GUGCGACAGCUUACUUGGCAGCACUCGCCGUGUCCACGGCGCACCCGAGGUGUAUCGUCCCGUAUAAGACAUAGGCAAGCGAGUGCGUGCUGGGAUACCGCAGAGUUGGCGUUGACUUCGCGGAGACAGGAUCGCAUUCAUCGGAUGAUAGUCUAACCAGUCGCCUUCGUAUAUAUAAGGAUAGACAAGGGAGCUACUCCACGCCCCGACAUGAAGUUCUUGGUGUUGGUCGUGGUCUUCGGCUUUAUUUGCCUGGCUCUCACCAGGGCUGACGAAGAGGCCGGUGGUGCCCACGAGCAUCACAAGCCGUGCGGCGUCAACGAGGAGUUCAAGGAGUGCCAGAGCAGUUGCGCCGAAUGGAUCUGCGGGGAUGUGCGCGGCCACCUCAAGCGCUGCAUGUCCGAUUGCCCGAGCGACUGCUACUGCGUUGACGAGCACUACCGGCAUCCAAACGGCACCUGCGUCCCGCACGAACAGUGUCCUCCUUCGGCGCUGAAUCAGACGGAAGGGCCUCAUAGUGGUGCCCACGAGCAUCGCAAGCCGUGCGGCGUCAACGAGGAGUUCAAGGAGUGCCAGAGCAGCAGCUGUGCCGAAUGGCGGUGCGGGGAAGUGCGCGGCAGCCUCAGGCCGUGCACGGCCGACUGCCGGAACGACUGCUUCUGCACUGACGAGCACUACCGGCAUCCGAACGGCAGCUGCGUCUCUCACGAACAGUGCCCUCCUUCGGCGCUGAAUCAGACGGAAGGACCCCGUGACGGCGAAGGCGUUGCGCCGUUGCUCAAGUUCCCUCCCGACCCCGAGGACUGCGGCCCCAACGAGGUGUGGAAGGAGUGCGUGAGCAGCACGUGCUCCGAGACGUCCUGCAAGAAGCGCAUCCUGGGCCCCGGCUGCACGUACGACUGCCGCUACGGGUGCUACUGCGCCGAAGGGUUCUAUCGCAACGCCGAGCAGAAGUGCGUCACGGUCGACCAGUGCGGGCCGGAGGAGCCAGAGCCGGUGGAGGAUCACCCAACGUGCGGCCCCAACGAGGAGUGGAAAGUGUGCGUGAGCAGCUCGUGCGCCGAGACCACGUGCGAGAAGAGGACCCUGGGCCCCGCCUGCACGGCCGACUGCAACCGCGGCUGCUACUGUUCCGAGGGCUUCCACCGAAACGCGGAGAACAAAUGCGUCACCGAGGACCAGUGCCCGCCCCUUAAACAUCGACGAGCUUCAAGGAUGAAGUGCUUUGUCUUGUUGCUGACGGCCGCGGUGGCGACCUGCGCUCCGAGCCCUGACAGCGAAGUCGUCACGCUGCUGCCCAAGUUACUGCCGACCGGUGAAGAUUGUGGCCUCAACGAGGUGUGGAAGCAGUGCGUGAGCAGCAGCUGCGCGGAGGCCUCCUGCAGCAGGCCCAUCAUCGGGCCCGCCUGCACGGCCGACUGCCGCUACGGAUGCUACUGCGCCGAUGGAUUCUACCGCAACAGCGAACGAAACUGCGUACCGCUGGACCAGUGCCCGCAACAAGGAAGGGGAAGAAGACCUGGACCGCCAUGCCGUGAGAACGAGGAGUGGAAGGUAUGCGUGAGCAGUUCCUGCGCCGAGGCCACGUGCGAGAAGAAGACCAUCGGUCCCGAAUGCACCCUCGACUGCCAGCGAGGCUGCUACUGCGCCCAGGGAUUCUACCGCAACGCCCAAAACAACUGCGUGCGCGAAGACCAGUGCCCAGUCACAGAAGCAAUCAACAACUACAUCAAGGGUCGUAUUUCUCAACAAUCAAUCCGCAUGUUACAAGCCCCGCAUUCGUUUGAAAAUCAGAUCACUCUCGUCUGGAUCCCAACACACGCCGGCGAUGUCCACCCGCACCUCACCAACCUCAACGAGGUUGCACACUCUAAAGCACGAGAACUAGUCAACAUUGCCGUUGACGGUGCAGAGAGCGAAAGCGCUACGGGACUGUACCAGUGGCCGCCGAACGCUGCAAACUGCGGCGUAAACGAGGAGUGGAAGCAGUGCGUGAGUAGCAGCUGCCCCGAGGCCUCAUGCAGCGAGCCCAUCAUCGGGCGCGCCUGCCCGUUCGACUGCCAGUCCGGAUGCUACUGCGCCGAUGGAUUCUACCGCAACGACGAACGAAACUGCGUACCGCUGGACCAGUGCCCGCGACAAGGAAGGGGAGGAAGACCUGGACAGCCAUGCCGUGAGAACGAGGAGUGGAAGACAUGCGUGAGCAGCUCCUGCGCGGAGGCCACGUGUGAGAAAAAGACCAUCGGUCCCGAAUGCACGUUCGACUGCCAGCAAGGCUGCUACUGCGCCCAGGGAUUCUACCGCAACUCCGAAAACACCUGUCGAUCACCACUUGUGCCCUAUGGUUCCGAGCUUCGACGUCGACAAGUUUCAAGGAUGAAGUGCUUUCUCUUGCUGCUGACCGCCGCGGUGGCGACCUGCGCUCCGAGUUCUGACAGCGAAAGUGUUACGCUGCUGUCCAAGUUACUGCCGGCCGUUCAAGACUGCGGCCUCAACGAGGUGUGGAAGCAGUGCGUGAGUAGUAGCUGCGCCGAGGCCUCCUGCAGCAGGCCCAUCAUCGGGCCCGCCUGCACGGCCGACUGCCGCCAGGGAUGCUACUGCGCCGACGGAUUCUACCGCAAUGACGAACGAAACUGCGUACGGCUGGACGAGUGCCCGCCAGAAGGAAGCAGAGGAGGCCCUCGACCGCCAUGCAGUGAGAACGAGGAGUGGAAGGUAUGCGUGAGUAGCUCCUGCCCGGAGGCCACGUGUGAGAAGAAGACCAUCGGUCCCGGAUGCACGCCCGACUGCCAGCGAGGUUGCUACUGCGCCGAUGGAUUCUACCGCGACGCCCAAAAUAACUGCGUCCGCGAAGACCAGUGCCCAGUGUCAGUGUAAUCUCGAGUAAACGAGUACUACCGACCGAUAAAGUAUGCCCUCACGUUGCAUACUA